UGUAGCGGGUGUGACAGCCUAGAGAGCGUCCGCAUCACAGCCGUCUCCACCAUGAAGAUCAUUGGGGGUUUGCUCCUGUUCUGCACAGUGACCCAUUUCUUCAGCAGCUCAGAAGCUGCUAGCCUAUCUUUAACAAAAGGGGACUGCAGCAUUUACAAGAAGUACCCAGUGGUGGCCAUCCCCUGCCCCAUCACGUACCUGCCUGUCUGUGGUUCUGAUUACAUCACCUAUGGGAAUGAAUGCCACCUAUGCAUUGAGAAUUUGAAAAGUAACGGAAAAGUUCAGUUUCUUCAUGAAGGAGCAUGCUAACUUCCCCGCAGACAUGGAUACAGAGCGAUGACGUCUUCACCAUCACCUCCAUCUUCCCUGGGCUCUGACUGCCCUCUCCCUCAUCUCAGCCAGGGCUCUGGGUAAGGGCAGAGACGGAAUGCGACGCAUCUUUGUUGGGCAGAGAAAAUCGUUGCGGUCCUCCUCAUGCCUCACUGAUUUCCGGGCCUCUUUUUGUACCUCAGUAAAAGAAUCUCCUUACAUAGU